AUGUUGUCAAGCUUGGGAACUGAAGAAUCUGCAACAGGUCAUGAGCUGGAGUUAAUUGCCUCUUUAAAGAAUGAAAUCGCCUCUUUGAAGGCACAGUUUCAUGAGUUUCAUGUCAUUGUUCACUCCAAAUUGAAGAAAGGAUUUAAGUGGACUGUAAAUGUUGAUCAUGCGACCCUUGAAGGUUUAAAAGAAACUAUAUAUGACAUUGAACAGACACCAACACUUGCAAGCAAUAAUAGUGCAACGCUUGAGUUCGGGAACGGCAGUAUAAAACACAAACCCAGAAAUGAUCAACAUUUUCGUGACAUGCUUCGGGGAUUUAUUUCACAAAAUGAACUUAAAUUCAUCGUAUACAUAAAAACUCCUUCAAAACCGUUUUCGGACUAUGAUCUCCAAGACGUGUGUGAGCUUUAUGAAAUUGGUUCUGAAGAUGAAGCCGCAUCAUUAACGAGAUUUCCGUCUUUUGCUUGUGGAAGCAAGGAUUUGGAAGAUGAAUCUUCACAGGAUAUGCUAAUGUCCGUUUUAAAGUUUUUGUGUGGGGUUGUUCCUUUGGAUUUUAAUGAGUCAUCAAGAUCAACCUAUGUGCUUCCAUUUCUUGUUGCUGGCGCAUCAUUAUACAAAGAAAAGUUUAAUAUUAAUGUCAUACCAGGAUUAUAUAUCAAGGGAGAUUAUGGACAUGGACCAGUUGAUUAUGCGAUUAAAUUACAAAAUUCAAGAAUUGUUGGUGUGACAAAAGUAAAGCACAAGGAUUUUGAAAAAGGCGUUGCACAGAAUGCUAUUCAGAUUGAAUCAGCUUUGUCAAAUUGUCGCAAGCGUAAAGCUGAUGUGAUGGAGGAAGAAGAUAAAACAUUUGGAAUCAUUACCGAUGCGAAAGAAUGGCGUUUUAUACAAUGCUCUUAUGAUGGUAACGGAAAACCAAAUUUCAAAUUAUCAAGAUCGAUCUUGGUUGAUUAUGAAAGCGAAGAUAUAGAGUUAAAAGUCAAAACGGUUCUUGGACAUAUUGCCUGGUUUUUAGAAGAAACACAGAAGCCAGCAGAAGAUUUACGGCAACAAAGGGCUAAAAGGCAGAGGAGAAGAAAAUAA